AUGGCUAGGCCAGCAAACGCUGCCGUGAGGGAAAACAGACGUCGAUCCACGCUGCUGGACCUGGAGCGGAUGAAUGUGCUCAAGGCCCUGACUGCGGCCGAGCAUUCAAGGCGCCAGUUCAUUCUGAACUUCGCUGCCAGUCGAGACACACAGCUACUCGUGCCUGGAAAAAAGGCAGACGCUGUCAAAGCUGCCGAGGAGUGGGUGGCACUCUGGCUUAGCCAGAAUGGCUACCAGACGGUGAACAACGAGUUUUUCAAAUACACAGUUGAUGCGCGCUUAUGGUCUGCUCAUGUCGGGGGUGACAUUGACUUCCCGUUUGCCUUCAUGCGAGAGAAGGUCGAGGCGUCAUUGAGCGACACCACAGAGGUCGAAUACAAACGCCCAAACAGCGAGACUUCACUGGUCGCUCAUGAGAUUGAGCUCAAAGACGGGCAGACACCGCCCAUUUCGGCCCCCGCACAAUCGGCUGGCCCUGAAAUACGUUCUCUGAAACGGCAAGACCGGACAGUCCCAUCCACGCCACAAGCGCACAGGAAGCGCUCGACGACGGACCCCAAGCCCGACGAGGUUUCGGAUCGGAAACGAAGUUUGUCCUUGAACAGCCUCGACAACAUGAAGGCGUCGAAAACCGCCCAGAUGGAGGCGAGACAGCAUCCGCAACGGACCUCGACGGGCCACAUGACGAACACGAAUGGGAGACGACCGAGACGUCGCUCUUUGCUGGAAAGGGAGAUAACCACAUGUCAGCGCGUCAUGGUGGAGAGGUGCAGCAAGGGCGCAAGGGGUGGACGGGGCCCCAGCAAGAGCGUGGCCAAGCGCUUGGCCGAAACACUGCGUGACUACCGCCAGUCGCACAGCCGAUUGCACUGCCACGUCGGUCAGCUCUCGGCUCCCCACAUCAACCGCCCUUGGGUCGUGGCCGCGAGCGGGAAGGACCGUGACUCCCAACUCCGGCCCCUAAGUGGGGUGGGCGAGCUAGGCUGUAUCUUGGUAACUGGUCGCGCGAGCGAGGUGAAAUGGAUCCCGUCCUCGGGGUCUCCGUCGCGCGGAUUACCGAUCAACCCCUCUCGCUGGCUCCUCGGCUCGCUAAUGGUCUGCGAAAAGUCCGACAUCCCCGAGUCCACGCCAUCAGGCGCAAUUUCCCACUGGAAGGACGAGAACAGCACUUUCUAUCUUCGAAAGAAGUUGGCCGGCCCCGGGUCUGUGAGACCCAUAGCCGUGCACAGCAAUGUUGACUCAGCCUUCACCCUCUCCCUGUCCAUCUUCUUCCAGGCCCAGCCAUCCGGUUGGGAAGCGAUGCCACUGCGUGGGUUAAGCCCACGCAGGGCGGGGCCGGGCGGUCUGGAAAGGUGGGCCCGGAAUGCCGGCGCCCGCAACAGCCUCGCUGCCGCCCCUGGGGAGCUCGCGUUGUCGUUCCCCUUGGAGUCCUGA